UUUGUAUCAAAUGAAUUGCUCUACAGAUCUUUUGAAGUUUUUGGACCCAUCGAGCGUGCAAACGUUGUGGUUGAUGAUCGUGGCAAAUCUACCGGAGAAGGUAUUAUUGAAUUUGCCAAAAAAUCGUCGGCAAAUGUGUGUCUACGUUUCUGCAGUGAGAAAUGUUUCUUCCUCACCGCUUCUUUACGGCCAUGUGUGGUUGAGCCGUUCGAAGUAAAUGAAGACGAUGAUGGUUUGCCAGAUAAAUCACUAAAUAAAAAAUCGCCAGAAUUCAAUCAUGAACGCAGUGUAGGGCCGAGAUUCGCAGAAAUAGGUUCAUUCGAACAUGAAUAUGGUACCAGAUGGAAGCAAUUGCAUGAAUUGUUUAAAACAAAGCAAGAAGCACUAAAACGAGAACUUAAAAUGGAAGAAGAGAAACUCGAGGCCCAAAUGGAAUAUGCUCGCUAUGAGCACGAAACUGAAUUGCUCAGACAAGAGUUGCGGAAACGCGAAUCCGAUAAUGAACGCAAGAAGAUGGAGUGGGAAAUGCGUGAGAAACAGGCAGAAGAAAUGCGCAAACGCGACGAAGAAAAUAUGCGUCGCCAACAAACUGAAAUGCAGACACGAAUGUUGCGUCAAGAAGAAGAUAUGCGCCGCCGUCAACAGGAAAACACAUUGUUUAUGCAAGCACAGCAACUGAACUCAUUGCUUGACCAGCAAGAAGGCUUUGGCGGUAACAAUAAUGGAGGUAAUAAUUUCGACAACUUUGGUCGAGCAUCCAACAAUUCGCCAUUUGAAUUCAGAGAUCCAAUUUCUGCACUUUUAGGCGGCAAUGCCGGUGGUGGUAAUAGUGGCAACGGCACUGGCAAUGGGCCUAAUAAUCCACAGGUACGUUCAUUUUUCGAUCUCUUCUUGCGAUGAAGUUUCUAGGCAAACAAACUCAACAAACAUGCUGCACUUAAGAAAAGUACAAACAAAGUUAAAAAAAAGAUAGCUGCAAAGUGGGUCAUACUUUUGCAUCCUAAAUGCUUUGCAGCGCUUUAUACAAGUGAUGACAAUUAUUGAAUCAAUCGUAUUUCGAAAUAGAUUCACACCAAAUUCAAAU